AUGAGAUUUGUUUCCCUCUCCCUCACGCUUGCGUUCGCAAGCAUGGCCCUUGCCGCCCCUACCCAAGUAGUUGACGUAACCAGUGGUACCGAAGGCGUUUGCUAUGCGCGUGUCUUGUUGCAUGCACACCGUCCAACGCCAGCCCCACACCCGGACCGCCCACGACACCCGACACGUCAGAUACAACCUUCGGAACCCUUCAACUUCCGAGUUGCCACGACGUUUGCCGCACAAGUCAUUGUGACGAGGACGGAACAUGCCCGCUUGUGCAUCGAAGUGUACCUGGGAAGCAGUGACCAAACACCUCACGCACAAGCUGCUUAUCUAAUGAUAGUUGUAGACCACAUUUUAUGGAAAAAGUAG